AUGUGUGGGAAGGAAAAGGAUGCAGAGCAUGAACUGACCUCUGACCCCAGUUUCGUUGCAUUCUUUUCCAAACUCCCAAAGAAAUCUCCUGAAACUGGAACGAUCCGUCUAUUUGAUCGCACAGACUACUACUCUGUCCACGGGCAGGAUGCUCACUAUGUCGCAACACACGUCUUUCGUACCAACUCCGUCCUCAAGUGUCUAGGUGCUGGAGGCAAGGCUGGUGGUCUUCCGAGUGUCACGCUCACUGCAGCCAGCCAUACCCUGGCUCGCCCAUUUUUGCGAGAUACCCUUACAUCUAAACAGCUAUGCGUAGAAAUAUUGGUGCCCGCACCUGGGCAGGGAAGGAAAGCUUCCAAAUUCAUUUUGGAAACAUCGGAGGCAUCACCUGGAAAUCUCCAAGCUGUUGAAGACCUUCUCUUUGUCAGCUCCGAUGUUACAUCGGCACCUAUCGUUUUAGCUGUCAAAGUAUCAUCAUCUUCAGUCACGAACAAAGCCAAGACCAAGUCAAUCGGCAUUGUCUUCGCGGAUACCAGUGUGAGGGAGUUCGGAGUUGCUGACUGCAUUGACAACAAUCUUUUCUCGAACCUUGAGGUGGGUGUACUUAGUUGCAGACUUCUCUUGUUCAUACGACUUUCAGUCAAAGAAGCCAUUAUUCCCACUGGAACAACAGACCGCGACCUCGACUUGAGCAAGCUAAAAGCCGUGUUCGAGAGGUGUGUUGUGGUUGUGACUGAACGUAAACCAAGCGAGUUUACUCCAAAACAUGUCCAAGACGACACUCUGCUGCUUCGAUUCGUGGCUGAGCUCUCCCUUCCUUCAGCCCUGUCUGCACCUUCUGCCUCGAUCAGCUAUCUUUCUCUCCUUUCUGAUCCUUCCAAUCACGGGGCAUACAAGUUACGGACACACGAUCUAGCACGAUGUAUGCGCUUGGAUGCUAGUGCAUUGCGUGCACUGAAUCUGAUUGACGCCCCUGGGAGUGCUGUAAUACAAUACCCUUUGUCAAGGGCGUCAUUUAUUUUCAUUCCGCAGGAUGACUACUUGAAGCUAAUGCCUGACCUCCACCGACUAAGCAAACGAUUCAAGAAAUCUAUCGCAUCUCUUGAGGAUGUUGUGAGCGUAUAUCAAGUGAUCCUCAAGCUGCCUGGUUUUCUCGAGACUCUCGAAGGUGUCCAGUACAAACACAAGGAGCACAAGGAGCUUAUCGAUGAAAUUUAUAUCAAGCCUUUCCAGGCUGUCAACGAGAAUCUCGUCAAAUAUGGUGAAAUGGUAGAGUCAACGCUAGAUCUUGAAGAACUCGAAAAUCAUAAUUACGCGAUCAAGCCUGACUAUGACGAGCGUCUAUACUGCUUCAGGUUGACGAAGAAUGAUGCGAAAGCCAUCAUGCGGAACAACAAAUAUAUUGAACUCGGGACUGUCAAGAGCGGAGUCUACUUUACGACCAAGAAGCUAAAAGCACUUUCCAUGGACCAUCAAGAGGCUACGCAUGAAUAUCAGCGAAUGCAGAGCGGGUUAGUGAAGGAAGUUGUGAGCAUUAAUCUCGACCACAUCAUUGCACACCUAGACAUUAUCAUCAGUUUCGCUCAUGUUUCUGUAAAUGCUCCUGAGCCAUACGUGAAACUGAAAGUCUUGGAGAAAGGUUCUAGCGGCUUAAUAUUACGCGACGCGCGGCAUCCUUGCCUCGAAGUUCAGGACGAUAUCAUAAGCUUCAUUCUAAAUGAUGUGGAAAUGGUGAAGGGUAAGGCAACAUUACUGAUUUUUGAUUCGGUGCUUUGCCGUGUGGGUGCAGGCAGUGACAGUCAGUUGAAGGGUGUCUCGACUAUCAUGGCCGAGAUGCUUGAGACUGCUUCGAUCCUCCGAGUAAGUGGUAUCUACACAAUCUUUCUUCUGUCUGACUGUCGAACUUCAAUGUAUGAUGGAUUCGGCCUGGCAUGGUCUAUAUCUGAGCAUAUUGCACCCCACAUCCGCACUUUCUGCUUGUUUGCUACUCACUUUCACGAGUUGACUGCCCUCGACCAGGAGCUUCCUCACGUGAAAAACCUCCACGUUGUGGCUCAUGUGAACCAAGAAGAUGCAUCUGCGCUGCGUGAGAAGGAUAUCACGCUCUUGUACAAGGUCAAACCAAAUGUCUUCAGUAUCCACGUUGCGCAACUGGCCAACUUCACUGAAAAUGUGGUCAAACUCACAAAAUGGAAAGCUGAUGAACCAGAAGAUUUCGCGACUGGACAACAAUCAGAACCUGAGGAUUCAGACAAAGUCAUUGAUCACUCACGAGUUGGCAUGUGA